AUUUAAUUACCAACUUUUGACAGAUGGAUCCUUCAGGGAGCCAAGAGGGGAUCAAGGAGUUGCCAAAGUUUGCAGAAAGCACUAAGAACAAGGAUCUCUAUGACAAGUAUUUUGAGCAGAUGCCACAGAUCGAACAAGAAUCAGAAGAAAUAGCAAAUGAGUUUGACAACGAGCUUGAGUGGUUUAAUUCAGAGCCACUUUCUUUUGACACAAAUUUGAAGAAUAGACUUGUUUUGAUAGAUUUCUGGACAUCUUGAUGAUGUGACUGCUUACACCUACUCCCAGUACUUGAAAGAUUGGAAGAAAAGUUUGAGGAGUAUAAGGGAUUGGCUUUUAUUGGGGUUCAUUCUGGAAAAUUUGAAGCAGAAUCAGAUUCAUAUCAUCUUAGGAAAAAUAUCCUGAAGUAUGAUAUCAAGCAUUCAGUAGUAAAUGAUGUCUCUAUGCAAGUAUGGUCUGCUUACAAUAGUUACUAUUGGCCAACAGUGUACAUCAUUGCUCCAAAUCAGAAGAUUUUGAAAGUAUACAAAGAAUUAGUUCCUCCAGAAGACCUUGAAGUGUUCUUAGAAGCUGCUUAUGACUAUUAUGACUCGUCUCUAUCCAAGGAACCUCUUCCAAUAACUCUUGAGACAGAGAAGGAGCUAACUGAGAAAGCUAAUGAAUCAACUGAUGAGUUCUCUCCUGAGAGGAAGAUAGCAAUAAAAUCAAAUUUAAGGUUUCCCCACAAGAUAAUCCAUGUUAGAAAAGAAGAAUGCAAGCUAUAUGGUGACGAUAUCCUUGUGAUAUCAGAUAUGGGCAAUCACAGAGUUAUCAUCAUCAAUGAAAGCAACUAUAAAUGACUUGAUAUCAUUGGAAAAGGUGAGAAAGGCUAUAAAGAUGGCUCUUUCGAGGAAGCUCAGUUUAACCAGACGUUCGGCAUAGCAUAUCUAAACAACCAACUCUAUAUUUGUGAUGGUAAAAAUCAUUACAUCAGAGUUGCUAAUUUGGAGACAAGGGAAGUCACCACAUUGGCUGGAACUGGGAUCAGAGGGGAGGAUCCUCAGACGAACAAUGAUAACAUGAUGCAGCAAAAUCUGACUACUCCUUUUGACAUCGUAUAUGAUAAGGAUAUUCACAGCUUCUACAUUGCUAUGUCCGGGAUACAUCAGAUCUGGAAACUGGAUUUAGAGGCAAACACUAUUAAACCCUUUUCUGGAAAUGGCGUUGAGGGCUGCCAUGAUGAUCAAACAAAUUUGAUGAAUUGUACAUGGGCCCAACCCUCUGGUGUUGCUUUUGGACCAGGCCAGGAUGGAAAGAAAGAGCUAUACGUUGCAGAUUCAGAGUCCUCCGCAGUCAGAUGUAUAGACUUAGAUGAUCUAAAAUCAGCAAGAACUGUUGUGGGUGGGGAUGGAACAUCUACAAAUCUAUUCUCAUACGGAGAUGUUGACGGAGUCGGAAUUGAAGCUAAGCUCCAACAUCCUGUAGGGUUAGACUACAUCGACCCACUUAAGAAAGUCCUCCUCCUUGACUCGUAUAAUCAUAAAAUUAAGUUAUGCGAUCCUGAAGCAGAUAACAUUGAGACUAUCCUGGGAGAUGGAGUUGGAGGACUUAAGGAUGGAAGUGGUCUGAAGUGUCAAUUCAUGGAGCCUACAGAUUCUUGAUACAAAUAUGAUCAAGAAAAGGAUGAGAUAACUCUCUACAUUGCUGACAGCAGCAAUGAUGCAAUCAGAAAAACUGUUAUCUACAGUGAAGGGAAUAUGAUCAAAGAUGCUAAAAUAGAAACUGUAAAACUUAGAAAAGUUAGGUCAGUUUUAGACGUUGUCAAAUCCAACAUGGUAGAGUGUGCUGAUGGCUCUUGCAAAUAUGUAAAGCCAAGUUUGAGGAAGCAACAAUCAGCCACUGAAGAGUCUUAAUGCAUGAUCUUACAUAAAACUUGCUUAAUAUUCCAUAUAUGAC